AUGAGCUGCCGCGAGUACAUCGCGGAGGAGGCCGCUGCACUGCGCGAGCAGCGUGCCUCCACGGCCGAGGCUGAGCUGCGUGCGGCCAUAACCUCACGGGCCGUCGACGCCCUCGAGGCCGCGAUCGACGCUUGCGCCGCCGCCUCGGAGCCGAGCAGAGCCGAAGCGAGGAGGCUACUGAGGGAGCUGCGGGCGGCCGAGUCGUCGGAAGCGGCGGCGGCAUCACAGCAGCGCCACUCGGCGGCGCACGAAGAUGACACAGCGGCCGAAUGGGCAGCGGCGCGGCAGCGUGCAGAGCGCCGAGACCCGUAUGAGGACGACGCGAGCACUCCAACCGCCGCAGAGCGCGAGCGGAACGAGCUGAGAGCGCAGGCCACGCACGCGCGCAUCUUGGGCGAGGCGGAGAACGGCUGCCGGCGAGUGGCCAGCGGCGCGUGCCGCUUCUAUGUGACGCCGCCGAUCAACGGAUACUACCGCCGGCUGGUGCACGAACUGGCUGAGUCGCACAACCUGGCACAUGAGUCUGUCGCGGACGUCGGCACCGUCUACACCUACAACUGGUCGCGGCACGGCAAGCCGUGCUUGAGCGAUUGCCC